AUGAAUGACCUGCUGAAGGUGCCCCUGGUGCGCGUUCUCACCCUGGCAGCCCUCAGCUUGGCCGAGAUGCUCCCAAAAGCUCCCUUGAUCAGCACUCCCCUGGAAACUGUGGAUGCACUGGUAGAGGACGUUGCCAAGUUUGUCUGUGUAGUGGAGUCAUACCCUGAGCCAGAGAUAACGUGGACACGCAACAGCAUUCCCAUCAGGCUGUUUGACACCCGGUACAGCAUACAGAGGAACGGGCAGCUCCUGACCAUUUUGAGCGUGGAGGACAGUGAUGAUGGGGUGUACUGCUGCACGGCGGAUAAUGGGAUUGGAGCAGCUGCACAGAGCUGUGGGGCUCUCCAAGUGAAAAUGCGACCCAAAAUAACCCGACCACCUAUAAAUGUGGAAAUAAUAGAAGGGUUAAAGGCUGUUCUUCCAUGCACUACAAUGGGGAAUCCAAAACCUUCUGUUUCAUGGAUCAAAGGAGAAACAGUUGUAAAGGAGAAUGCUCGCAUUGCUGUCCUCGAUUCAGGGAAUUUAAGGAUCCACAAUGUUCAGAGAGAAGAUGCAGGACAGUAUCGUUGUGUAGCCAAGAACAGCCUGGGCACAGCCUAUUCUAAACCUGCAACAGUGGUGGUGGAAGUUUUUGCCAGAAUCCUGAAGGCUCCUGAAUCCCAAAAUAUCACCUUUGGGUCUGUGGUGACGUUACGGUGCACGGCAACCGGCCUUCCAGUCCCUACCAUCACCUGGCUGGAAAAUGGGAAAGCUAUUUCUGCAGGUUCCAUAGCAGAAAGCGUCAAGGACAGAGUGGUUGACUCCAGACUGCAGGUGUAUGUCACUCGACCUGGCCUGUUCACUUGUCUUGCCACGAACAAACACAGCAAAACUUUUGGAGCCGCAAAAGCUGCGGCAACCAUCAGUGUUUCAGAAUGGAGCAAGCUGUACAAGGGUGAUGCAGGCUACUGCAGCACAUACAGAGGUGAGGUGUGUAGCACUAUCUUGGCGAAGAAUGCUCUUGUUUUCUUCAACUCCUCCUAUGCUGACCCAGAGGAGACCCAAGAGCUGCUUGUGCACACUGCUUGGACUGAACUGAAAAUGGUGAGUUCAUUCUGCCAACCAGCCGCUGAGUCUCUGCUGUGUAACUACAUCUUCCAGGAGUGCAAUCCCUCGGGAGCUGGGCCAGCUCCAAAACCAGUGUGCAGAGAGAAUUGCCUUGCUGUAAAGGAUCUCUACUGCUUUAAGGAAUGGCUCUCAAUGGAGGAAAACUCUCAGAAGGGGAUUUACAAGCCAGGGCUGAUGCUGCUCACUCUUCCCGAAUGCAACAGGCUGCCCAGCCUGCACCAGGACCCCAGUGCCUGCACCCGCAUCCCUUUUUUUGAUUUGAAGAAGGAGAAUAUAACCAGGACUUGCUACAGCGGCAAUGGCCAGUUUUACCAGGGCUGGGCCAAUGUCACAGCCUCCGGCAUUCCCUGCCAGAAGUGGAGCGACCAGGCUCCCCACUUGCACAGGAGGACUCCUCAGGUUUUCCCUGAGCUGUCUGAUGCUGAGAAUUACUGCCGCAAUCCAGGAGGUGAGAAUGAACGUCCCUGGUGCUACACAAAAGACCCGUCUGUGACCUGGGAAUACUGCAGCGUGGCUCCCUGUGGAGAUGCAUCAUUAUCACUAGGAACAAGAAAACCAAAUGGAGAGACUCCAAAUCUCCCCCCUCCUCCUCCCUUUUCCCCUACGUACUCCAUGACUGUGAUCAUCUCAAUCAUCUCCAGCUUUGCCCUGAUCAUCAUCCUCAGCAUUGUCACUCUUGUUUGUUGCCGUCGUCGAAAGCAGUGGAAAAACAAAAAAAGAGAAUCGGAGACACCGACGCUCACCACUCUGCCCUCUGAACUCCUCCUGGACCGGCUGCACCCCAAUCCAAUGUACCAGCGGAUGCCACUUCUCCUCAAUCCAAAGUUGCUCAGCCUGGAGUAUCCCAGGAACAAUAUUGAAUAUGUGAGAGAUAUUGGGGAAGGAGCAUUUGGGAGAGUUUUCCAAGCAAGGGCCCCAGGUCUGCUGCCAUAUGAGCCGUUCACAAUGGUGGCAGUGAAAAUGCUGAAGGAGGAAGCGUCCGCAGACAUGCAGGCUGACUUUCAGAGGGAGGCAGCCCUCAUGGCAGAGUUUGACAAUCCGAAUAUUGUCAAGCUUUUAGGUGUGUGUGCUGUUGGGAAACCAAUGUGCCUGCUGUUCGAGUACAUGGCCUACGGGGAUCUCAACGAGUACCUGCGUGACCGCUCGCCCCGCAACCUCUGCAGCCUGGUGCACAGCAGCCUGGACGCACGGAUCCGCCUGCCCAACCCCCUGGCACUGUGCUGCACCAGCCAGCUCUGCAUUGCCAAGCAGGUGGCUGCCGGCAUGGCGUACCUCUCUGAGCGCAAGUUUGUCCACCGGGAUUUGGCUACCAGGAACUGCCUGGUGGGGGAGAACAUGGUCGUCAAAAUCGCCGAUUUUGGUCUCUCGAGGAACAUGUAUUCGGCCGACUAUUACAAAGCGAAUGAGAACGAUGCCAUCCCCAUCCGCUGGAUGCCCCCGGAGUCCAUUUUCUACAACCGCUACACCACGGAGUCUGACGUGUGGGCCUACGGGGUGGUGCUGUGGGAGAUCUUCUCUUACGGCAUGCAGCCCUACUACGGGAUGGCUCAUGAAGAGGUUAUCUACUAUGUGAGGGAUGGGAACGUCCUCUCCUGCCCGGACAAUUGUCCCUUGGAGCUCUACAACCUGAUGCGCCUCUGCUGGAGCAAGCUGCCUGCCGACCGGCCAGGCUUUGCCAGCAUCCACCGCAUCUUGGAGCGUAUGUAUGAGAGGGCUGUGGCCACCCCAUCGGUCUGAGGAAUGUGCUCGGGGGUCCCCCGUGCAUGCCCCUCCAAACUGACUUGGCCCAGCCCAUGGGCUUCAUGCAAAGCUCUACUUUAGGGAGAGGAGAAACAACUCGUUCCUCUCCCAAGCAAAAGGCAUGGACUGCAACCUGCUAUGGUGGGCUAUACCUUCCUGAGUGGGACUAUUCCUCCAAAAUGACAGGGCUGACCCCUGGCCACCAAGCCUGGACUCCUUGGGUUGGCAAGGGUGCUGGCCAUGCUAACUCAGUACGUCUAUUAGGCAUUUCCAGGAGCACAGAGUUCCCCAGGGAAAGCAAACCAACGUUUCGCUGGUGGCACUUCCCUUCCUAAGAGGUCUCUCUAUGUCCCUCUGUAUUUACAUUCUUUCUUUUACCUUUUUUUUCCCUUCCUCAUAUAUUUUUAAGUAUUAUUUAAAAAA